CAUUGGAAAGGUUCCAUGAAGAAAAACUAUGGAAAGGCAGAUGAAGACUGUAGGCAUGUAUUGGGAGAAGGACUGGACAGGGAAGGGGAUACUUUCCGUGCAGUGCUUGGCUGCGUGCAUCUUAAAGGGAAGCUACAGGCUGUUUCUAACGCUCUUUCUAACUCACUGAUGGGUGAAUCACUGAAUGGGAUGGUAACUAAAGAUCUGACGAGGCUGAAAAACCUUCUUGUUCAAACAGAGGUAGCAACUUGUAAAAUACCCUCGGUACAUCAUGUGGAAGAGGUGGAAGAAGGAUGUCAUGAUGGCUGGCAAUUUCGCCCCCCACCCCGGGGAGUCACAAGUAGUGAAGAAUACACAUUAUGCAAAAGAUUUUUAGAGCAAGGAAUUUGCAGAUACGGUGCACAGUGUACUUCAGCACAUUCCCAGGAUGAGCUGACUGAAUGGCAGAAACGAUACGCUUCCCGCUUGAUAAAGUUAAAACAACAGAAAGAAAACAAGCAAUGUUUGGGAAGUUACAUGGAAUCCUUAAUUGAAAAAUGGAUGAAUUCAUUAUCUCCUGAGAAAGUGCUCAGUGAAUGUCUUGAUGGAGUAAGAGUUGAACAUAGCCCUGAACUCUCAAUUACUGUCACCACCAAAAAAUCACAUCAGAUGUGGACUUUUGCUGUUACAUGUAAGCCUGCAAGAAUGCUGUAUCGAGUGGCACUCCUUUAUGAUGCGCAUCGUCCUCAUUUUAGUAUCAUGGCAAUAUCGGCUGGAGAUAGCACCACCCAAAUAAAACAAGAAGUCCCAGAAACCUGUCAGGAAUGGGUUGGAGGAAAGAUGACCCAGAAUGGAACAGAUCAUUCAGUGUACAAAAUCAGUGUAGCUUUUAGCACAGAAAUCUUUGGGACCUUUCGUCAAACUGUGGUAUUUGAUUUUGGGACUGAACCAGUUUUGAUGCAACGCGUGAUGAUUGAUGCUGCUUCAACAGAAGGUUUAACAUCAAAGUGCAGUUGCAGAUUGUAGCCAGUUUCAUGCUUACUGGUGUUUCUGGAGGUGCAAAAUAUGCCCAAAAUGGGCAACUUUUUGGACGGUUCAAACUCACUGAAACCCUUUCUGAAGAUACUUUGGCAGGGCGACUGGUGAUGACCAAAGUCAAUGCUGUUUAUUUAUUACCAAUCACUAAAGAGAAGUCAGGGCUGUCCCAAGGAACCAAAGAGAAAGUAUAUGAAGCAAUUAUUGAAGAAAAAACAAAGGAAUAUAUCUUUCUGAGAAUAUCCAGGGAUUGCUGUGAAGAGCUUAACCUUCGAGCAGAUUGUGAAAUGCAGGUCGAGCUUCAGUUUCAGUUAAACCGCUUACCCCUCUGUGAAAUGCAUUAUGCCUUGGAUAGGAUCAAGGACAACGGUAUCCUGUUUCCAGAUGUCAGCAUGACCCCCACAAUACCUUGGAGUCCCAAUAGGCAGUGGGAUGAGCAGUUGGAUCCUAGGCUCAAUGCAAAGCAGAAGGAGGCUGUUCUGGCCAUCACAACACCACUGUCAAUUCACCUGCCUCCAGUCCUUAUUAUCGGUCCUUAUGGGACGGGCAAAACCUUCACUUUGGCUCAGGCAGUCAAACAAAUUCUCCAACAGGAGGACACUAGGAUUCUCAUUUGCACCCAUUCUAAUAGUGCUGCUGAUCUCUACAUAAAGGAUUAUUUACAUCCAUAUGUAGAAGCAGGCAAUCCCCAGGCGAGACCUCUCAGUUAUACUUCUGAGCUUUUCUAUGAGGGCAAAUUGAUGGCCAGUGGAAAACAGCCUGCACACAAAGACUUUUAUCCUCUGACAUUCUUCACAGCACGAGGAGAAGAUGUACAAGAAAAGAACAGCACUGCUUUUUACAACAAUGCAGAGGUCUUUGAAGUAGUUGAACGUGUUGAAGAAUUAAGGAGGAAGUGGCCGGUAGCCUGGGGAAAGUUGGAUGAUGGCAGCAUAGGUGUUGUAACACCAUAUGCUGAUCAAGUGUUCCGAAUUCGGGCAGAGCUUCGGAAAAAAAGAUUGUCAGAUGUCAGUGUUGAAAGAGUGUUAAAUGUUCAGGGAAAGCAGUUUCGAGUGUUGUUUCUCAGCACAGUACGAACCCGACACACUUGCAAACACAAGCAAACAGCGAUGAAACGGAAGGAACAUUUAUUGGAAGAUUCAACAGAGGACUUAGAUUAUGGUUUUCUGUCCAAUUACAAACUUCUCAACACAGCCAUUACAAGAGCACAGUCCCUAGUAGCUGUGGUGGGCGACCCAAUUGCUUUAUGUUCCAUUGGAAGAUGCAGGAAAUUUUGGGAAAGAUUUAUUGCCCUGUGUCAUGAUAAUGAAAGUCUUCACGGUAUCACAUUUGAUCAGAUCAAGGCUCAAUUGGAAGCUCUGGAAUUAAAGAAAACCUAUGUAUUGAAUCCGCUGGCUCCCGAGUUUAUUCCACGGGCUCUGCGACAGCAGCAUUCAUCAAACACCAAUAAACCACAGCAAUCGCCACCAAAGGUAAAAAGCCAUCAUCAUAACCAUAGUGACCAUUUUCACACUGAUGGAAUUGUUCAGCCAACGGCUUCUGUCUUAAUUGGAAAUCCUGUCAGAGCAUAUACCCCACCACCGCCACCCCCUCCACCUCCUCCUGGGCCUCAUCCUAACCUGGGAAAGUCUCCCAGUCCUGUACAGCGGAUAGAUCCUCACACUGGGACAAGCAUUCUUUAUGUACCUGCUGUUUAUGGAGGAAAUAUGGUCAUGUCUGUGCCUUUACCUGUACCAUGGACAGGGUAUCAGAGUAGAUUUGCAGUUGAUCCUCGAAUCAUUACUCAUCAAACAGCCAUGGCAUAUAAUGUGAAUCUUUUACAAGCACAUGGACGUGGGUCCCCCAUUCCCUAUGGUCUUGGACAUCAUUCACCAGUUAGUAUAGGACAACAGCAGCUUCAUCAUUCAGAGAAAGAACAACUUGAACUAAAUCGAAACAGCAAAAAUGAGCCUGGUGCUGGUCCUGAAAUCAGUAAAAUUCGGACAUCUGAGAAAAACCCUUUAGAAGCCAAACAGGUUGACUUAGAAGCAAAUCCCCAAAAUAGAAGCCCUGAAUCGCGUUCCAGUUCUUCUUAUCCUAAUUCUAAAUUUCACCGCAAAGAUAAUAUUAACCCUAGGCAGCUGAACAUUCACCUCACUCCUCCCCAAGCCCAGUAUGCUGUUCCUAGCCGCCCCUUCCAGCAUCUAGCCCAAAUUUCAAGGCAUCCAUAUCCUGGGCCACCGCAACCGAACCUUUUAAGUCAACAACAGAAUCAUUUGUCUGAACAACAUAACCAAAUGCCUCCUCCGCAGAGCCAGAUAGUCCAGCAACACAGUCAUUUAAAUCAGCAGCCGCAACCACCAUCUUCACAGCUCUCUCCUGCCUUUCCAACUGGCCCCAACCAGUCUUUCUUUAAAAAUCCUGUUCCGCAUAGACCUCAUUCCCCUGGUACAGACACUUCAGUUUUAGAACAGCUUCCCCCAUCUGUGCUGCAAGAUGUCAGCAGCCCCCUGAGACCCAUUGCACAGCCUAACCUCAUGAUGCCAUCCCAUUUGAACCACUUCAUUGAAGAGAAUCCUCCAGGAGUAUCUGUGGGAGAACCAUUAGAUCGUAUUCAUGGAAAUUUAGCUUUGGAAACCUUAAGGCAACAGCAAGCAAGAUUACAGCAAUGGAAUGAGCAUAACGCCUAUCUCAGUCAGGGCAAUAUUUCUUAUUCUCACCAUCCCCACCCUCACUUAUCCCACCUUUCUCAGCAGUCCAUGGGACUGCAUCAGCAGCAAGUCAGGGCAAACUGGAAACUUGCCAACAAUAUUGAAGAUGAAACGGAGGCAACAUAUUCAAGAUUCCAGGAUUUGCUUCGAGAGCUCUCCCACCGUGAUCAAACUGAAAACAGGGACCUCGUUGAAAUGCCGCCACCUCAAUCAAGACUUUUGCAAUAUAGACAAGUGCAGCCCAGAAGUCCACCAGCACUCCUCUCUCCUACAUGCAAUUCAAACCACAGUGGCCACUUUCCUAAUUUCUCUGAGAGUAGAGACCUUGAGAUCUCUAACAAUCCAGCAUUUCAGCAGCAUUUGCCUCAAAUGUACAAUCCCCCUUUCUCAGUGCCAUCUGAACACCUGACCCCACCUUCCUUGAAAUACCUGCAGCCAGAUGGAUCAUGGACCUAUGCUAAUUUACACCAGAGUCAUCUCAUGGGGCAAGGCUUUCAUUAUGGUAUACCUCCAUUGCCUCAUAGAUCGCAACCGAACCCUUUUAUACAAAUACAAAAUCAUCAGCACGCAGUUGGUCAGGAACCAUUUCACCCCCUCACUUCCCGAGCAGUAUCUGCUUCUUCUCUGCAUAGCUUGGAAGAGUAUGAACCAAGAGGACCUGGCAGGCCAUUGUACCAAAGAAGAAUGUCAUCUAGUUCAACCCAGGCUUGUUCUGAAGGUUUAAAUACUCCUCCAGAUAAUGUUGGACAGUGUCAAGAGCUUCAGGACCAGAGUAACCCAUCCUCUUUCAAUUAUUCACCCCCUGAAUGGUGGGUCAAUUCUUCUUCAUCAGCCCCCUAUCAGAACAUUCCAUGCAACGGAUCCAACAGAGCAAUCCCACCAAGAGAACAGUUAGUUCCUCCGAAGACUAUCAAAUCCCCCGAGGAACAGAUGAAGGUUGAAAACAUCCCGUUGUCCAGUUCUUUUAACUACAAUGUACUCCAGCAUCUGGGCCAGUUCCCACCCCUCAUGCCCAACAAGCAGAUUGUGGAAUCCAACAGCAACAGCCAGCCCAGUGCUGGGUUGAACAAACCUGCCAUGUCCUACGCAAGUGCUCUGAGGGCUCCUCCCAAGCCCAGACCCCCUCCUGAGCAGGCAAAAAAGAAUAGCGACCCCUUGUCUCUGUUUCAGGAACUUAGCCUAGGUAGUUCAUCAGGUAGCAAUGGCUUCUACUCCUAUUUUAAAUAAUCAGACUAUUUUUGUAGAGACAUUUUAAUUUUUAUUUCUGUGAGUAGAUUUAAGAUAGCUGGGGCUGCAGCUGCAGGCACCAUUGUUUCUCUCUGUUUAUAUUAGUAAAUAUAUUUUGGUUUAAUGGCUUUGCUGCUAGACCUGAAGCUAAUUCUUUUUAAAUUAUAUUCCACUAUUUUACUUUCUUUUUGAUGUGGGUCAGAAGUUUGAGGAAAAAAAAUCCCUAGGGAAAAAAAAAACUUUUAAAAAUUAUGUAACUUUAUCUAUGUGUUGCAUUAAAGCUAGCAGCUGAAAAGUUAACUGUGCAACUUUAAAAAAAUAUAUAUAAACAUUUUAAAAAAAAGUUGUCUAAAUUGUAUUUAAAAAUGUAAGUAGCAUUUACAUUUAUUCAAUAACAUUUAGCAUACUGUGCUGGGUUUCUGUACCAGAAAUGGCCAGUUAAUGUACAAAUGUAUGUUAUGUCUGCUUAAAUUGUUUAUUUUUUUUUAAAAUAAAGAUGCAGCAUCUUAUAUUUACAUUCAGUUUUAUCAGAUUUCUGUGAAGGGAUGCUGCAUUCUAAGACUUUUAUAGUUUUAGAAUCUGUAUGAUGUGGUUAUAGUAAUUUCCUUUCUAGGAUAAAGUGCAGGCCUUUGCUGCAGACCCAGAUACUACUCUUUUGCAAUUAAACAAAAAUUAGUGGUCAACCUAAAGGUGAAAAAUUCAUGUUGUUGUUUUUUGGACAAGCUAUUCAUUCAGUUUGUUGGAGGGAUUAAUUUAAUGGGUUUUUAAACAGAAAUCAUGAAAUGACAAAAAAAAAUUGCUAUAUUGGGUGCUUGGUAGUUGAAUAGCUAUUUUUAAAAAAAUCCAAUUGCGUGAACUUAGGAAAAAUAAUUGAAUCCCCCUCCCAACUAUGCACGUUAAAUGUUUGUAAUUUAGUUUCUUCCCCUCUGAUUUUUCCAGUGGUAUGAGAAUUGUACCACUUUAAGGAUUUUUCUUCUUUUUUUCCAUCAAAAGAUUUUGGUACAUGAUUUGAUGUUUACCUUAAAUGUGACAUUAUCCACAAAUAUUCAAAUAUUUUGCUAACUGUUUUCUUUGAGGAACUUCAUUAAAGAAGAUUUUUAUGUUUGCCAAAGCUGUAUCCAAAUUAAUCCCAGCCUUGGGGAAGAAGAGUUGUGGGGAAGGUUUGGGGAAGCAGUAUGAAUGACAUGGUUAUUUAUAUUCUUGUAUCUUCUGUCAAGGCCUUUUGCCACUAUAUAUUGAAAGAAAAAUCUAUAGAAGACUGUACAGCAAUAUGUUGCAAAAUUUGGGGGAAGAAUUAGGGUAACCUUUACCUUUACGAUUUUGGUCUUGUACACUGUUCAUACUUUUGAAAGAAAUCUUUUUUAACUUCAGUGGAGGUAUGGCCUCCUUUACACUUGAAAAGAUCUCUUUGAUCAGGGACAAUUAAUUUUUAUCAACUAUUUAUUUUAAUUUCCCAUUAUAAGUGAUAUUUUCAAAAAUAUGAUAGUUUUAAAGUUUCUUCCCACGACUGUUUAAAACUGGGCUUCAUUUACAGGGAUGUUUGUUUUUGCUUUGUUGAGCUACUGUAUUUGCUGCUGUAUCAAAUCUAAUAUUUGCUUUGGUUUCAGUCCCUUCAUACCUGUUGGAUUUUAUACGUUGUGAUGGUGACAUCUCAGUUUGACUGAAAUCUGUGUCACUUUUUUCUUAUUGAUUUCAGAUAACUAAGGAACUUUCUAUAAAAAAUAUGCAUACUAACUUAAUGUGCUGCAAUAUUUUAAUGGCUGCUGGGCUCAGAAAUGGGUGAAGCUAAAUAAAGCUGUUAUAAAACCAAACAAAAUGAAAGCAGAAGAUUCUGCUCAAUUUUAUUUAGUACCCCGAGGACACAUUCAGAAUGUAAGCAUCAAGUUAGUCAGAUCAUUCUGUCCUCAGUUGACAUAAACCAGGAUUUAAUUAGUCCUACUUAAAUAUCUUAUUUAAGUUAUUUCUGUUGAUUCUGUGCCCUGCCCUGCCUAUCACUGAUAAACAUUGAGGACAAUUGACCUAGUGAAGAAUAAAUAAGAACACGUAGAAAGAUAUAGUAGUUGGGUGCUUUAGCACAAAUACACUUUCAAUUUAGCACUUUGAAAUCAGAGAGUUCAAAUUCACACACUUAAUAGUCUUAUUAUUCCCUUCACCUGGACUGAAUCUAAAUAAAUACUGCUUGAUCAAUUAUUUUCAUCUGUGAGUUAGUGAAAUUAGGAAGAAGGUGCAGUCUUCAGUCUAGUUAAUCUAUAUCAUAACUUUUCUCAAGAGUUAAUAUGGAAUUAAUAAGCUGUGGAGUGCAGCACGUUAUGGCAUCUCUGUGGAUCCACAGUAAGGUUCGUUCUGAGUUUUCACUCAGUAUUUUUGUGUUAGCAAUUUCAAAAAAAAAUGUGCAUGAAAGCUCCACAUUUUUACAAUUUGGUCCCCAUUUGUAUUGGGCCAUAGAAAAUUUUUCAUAGUCUGUGUUCAGACUGCUAGUUUGCUAUGCUAAUAUUGGAGACGUUUUACUUUUAAGAGCAGAUCACCACAUUCUUUUUGAUUUGAGCCAUGAUGGAUCUUGAUUUUUCAGAUUAGUGGAUUAUACCAUUACCAUAAUAAAAGGCAUACAUGUAAUCAAUUAUUGUAACAUCUGAUUAUCCUGGUUAUUAAGAACACAUUGUUGGAGCUAUUCUAUAUUUACAUCUCUGAUUCUUAUUAUUCAAAUUAUAUAACUUUUAUAAAAACCCUUUUUUCCUGCCUCAAA